AUGAAGGCCUGGUCAGUCACCACAGCUCCAGGAGGCAAAGUAGAGCUCGAAGGCACGACGGUUGAAGUGGAAGUCGAGACCGAUACGCUGGUGGUCGAUGACAAUGUAACAGUGGUGCUUGAGAGCAGUGUCGUCAGGCUUGAAGAGCUGGAAGAAGGCGUAACGGUGGUGCUGAUUGGUAAGACUGCUGUGCCGCUUGUGCUGCUGCUGCUGAUGAUGGAGGUGGACUCCAACGUGGGAUUAAUCGACAAACUUGAGGAUGAGCUUGACGAACUCGUAGGCGAAAGAGUCAGGCUGCUUGUCGAAUCCAAGAUCGGACUGAUCAAUGAGCUCAAAGAAGGAGUGACUGUUACUUCUGUUGGUAAGAGCACAGAACUGCUCGGGGACGAUGUUGAAAGAGUUAUAAAUGUAGGAGAUUCGGUGUUGGAAACACUCGUCAAUGAAAGAGAAGGUAAAGAAGGUGACAAAAGAGAAGAUAAUGAAAGUAUGGAUGACGAACUCGAGGUUGAUAGAUCUGUCAAAGCAGCAGAAAUAAUUGAAGAAGAUGAGGAAAGUAUAGAUGAUGAAGUGGAGGUUGACGAAUCCGUCAAAGUUGCAGAAAUGAUCGCACCAUCGCUGGUAGAGGCAGUCGCCUCUGUUAGACUACCAGAAAUAACUGGAUAUGGGACCCUCGUUGACUCAAUGACAGGACUCGAACUGGCAAGAUAUGCUGUAUAA